CAAGAAAAGGCGUGCACCAAACAUCACUCUUCUGUUUCAUCAUAAAAACGCAAACAAAGCUGUAAAUUGGACGCUUGAAGUUUUGAUUGGAAAGUUUUUUGCUAUCUUUUUGUGAAAAAUACAGCACACAAGUGAAAAUGGUCGAAGCAAACGGAAUCGAACUAACCGAGCAAGAGGCCGAGUUGUACGAUCGGCAGAUUCGUUUGUGGGGUCUCGAUUCUCAGAAAAGGUUGCGAGCGGCUCGUAUCUUGAUCGCUGGUGUCAAUGGUUUGGGGGCGGAAAUAGCUAAGAAUGUGAUUUUGUCCGGUGUGAAAGCUGUUACUUUGCUCGAUGAUCAAAUAGUAAAAGAAGCGGAUUUCUGCUCUCAAUUUUUGGCCCCAUAUGAUUCGUUGGGGACAAACCGUGCGACAGCUUCCUUGUCCAGGGCUCAGCAGCUGAAUCCGAUGGUGGAAUUGAAGGCGGACACGGAGGAACUGGCAAAGAAAUCUGAUGAUUUCUUCAAAAAGUUUGACGUUGUAUGUAUUAUUGGUGCCAACACUGAACAGUUACUUCGCAUCGAUGCUGUGUGCCGAGAAGCUGGUAUUAAAUUUUUUGCCGCCGAUUUGUGGGGGAUGUUCGGAUUCAGUUUUGCUGAUCUUCAAGAGCACAACUUUGCUGAGGAUGUUGUAAAGCACAAGAUUGUAUCCAAACCUCACGAGAAAACCAAAACUGAGCUGGUUACGUCCACGGUCAAGCGCACUUUAACCUAUCCAUCGUAUCAGGCCAUGCUGGACUUUGACUACAAGGCUCAAUCAUACGCCAGAAAGUUGAAACGGUCGGGACCGGCUGUGCCAUUACUGCGCGUGCUGCAGAAAUUCCGCGAUGAUGUGAAACGAGAUCCAAUGUAUUCGGAACGGGAAGCAGAUCUGCUGCAGCUGUUGAAAAUUCGCGACGAAAUCGCAGCCGAUAUGAUUCCGGAUAGUGCGUUUGUUCACGUUUUUGCGCAAAUUUCUCCCGCAGCUGCUAUCGUUGGAGGUGCUUUGGCACAUGAAAUUAUUAAAACAGUCUCCCAGAAAGAAGCACCUCACUACAAUGUGUUUCUCUUCGAUCCGGAAAGCUGUUGCGGUUUCAUCGAAUCGAUUGGUGUGGAUGCCUAAAAGGCAAUCGGCGAUAGCUGAUGUAAUGUAAUCCAAUAUCAAAAUAUUGCAUAAGCUAUUAAUCCUUAUUUUAUUAUCUUAUUCAAUACACUUUCUAAUCAUAUGUGCAUCGAAAA